GGGCGAGUGGGAGGGAACUCGGUGCGUGCGUGCGUGCGUUGCCCCAUCCGGGUCGACGGGUCUGGCAGCCCCGCCCUCGGCCCUUAGCUGAGCUGUAUUUGGGCAACUGCUGAGGGCGGCCGGCGGCCACGUCCUAGUGCGUGCUGAAGUCACCGACGGGGCUGAGGGGGCGGAGGAACGGAUGGAAGAUGGCGGCGGGGGCCGGAUGUUGGCGCCACCUCCCCCGAGUCUUGAGCCGGCGCAGAUGAGGCGGCUCGGUCGGGGCCAGCGGCGCUUCGGAACCCGAGCUGGGGCGACCCUGGCGGCGGUGCCCGCCCCUGCUAUGUGCCGGCGCCUCGGGUAGAGCGCGGAAGAGCGGCGGCGGGGCCGGGGCGGUGACGCGGCGGGCCUCCUGCUCCCUCCUCCUCUCGGCGGCUGGUGUCUGAGGAGGGCGGCGGCGGCUGGGGCCGCGGGGUCGGGAUGGAGGACGUUAACUCCAACGUGAACGCGGACCAGGAGGUGCGGAAGCUGCAGGAGCUGGUGAAGAAGCUAGAGAAGCAGAACGAGCAGCUGAGGAGCCGCUCCGGGGCGGCGCAGGCAGCCGCGGCGCAGGGCAGCCCCAGCCGCGGCUCCGCCGCCUCCUCAGGGACCGUGUCUCCCCGGGGCUUCCCUCUGGGCCUGACCUCCAAGGCGGCCGGGGCCGGGCCGGGCCUGAGGCGGACGAGCAGUGAGGAGCUGCGGGACGGGGCCGCGUCCCUGCUGGCGGCCGGCGAGGGCAGCGUGCUGGACGAGGUGGAGCCGCUGCGGCCUGACGAGCUGGAGCGCCUCCUGGGCUGGGAGGAGGAGGAGAGCUGGCUUUAUUCAUCACCAAAGAAGAAACUAACUCCAUCACAGAAAGCAAUUAGCCCCUUAGUUUGGUGCAGGCAGGUUUUGGAUUAUCCAAGUCCUGAUGUUGAAUGUGCUAAAAAAUCUCUGAUCCACAAACUUGAUCAAACUAUGACAGCCAUCAAGAGGCAGAGUUUGUACAAUAAUUCUUUCAACUCUGUGAGUUAUACAAAUUCAUACAGCCCAAAUGCAAGUAGCCCUUAUAGCAGUGGUUUCAAUUCUCCUUCCUCAACACCAGUGAAACCUCCUUUAGUCAAACAGCUCAUACUUCCUGGAAGUUCAGGUAAUUUUAAAUGUUCUACAGAUAAAAAUCCUCCACUCAGUCCCCAGUCUUCUGUAGAUAGUGAGCUAAGUGCUUCAGAAUUGGAUGAAGACUCAAUUGGAUCGAAUUAUAAGCUAAAUGAUGUAACAGAUGUGCAAAUUCUAGCUCGGAUGCAAGAGGAAAGUCUCCGACAAGAAUAUGCAGCCACUACUUCUCGGCGCAGUUCUGGUUCAUCUUGUAAUUCUACAAGACGGGGUACAUUUAGUGAUCAGGAACUUGAUGCUCAAAGUUUAGAUGAUGAAGAUGACAAUAUGCAUCAUGCAGUAUACCCUGCUGUUAACAGGUUUUCCCCAUCACCACGCAACUCACCACGGCCUUCACCCAAACAAUCACCCAGAAAUUCUCCUCGUUCACGAUCUCCUGCUCGGGGAAUGGAAUACAGUAGAGUGUCCCCACAGCCUAUGAUAAGCCGCUUACAGCAACCUCGCCUAUCUCUUCAAGGCCAUCCUACAGAUUUACAAACAAACAAUGUUAAAAAUGAAGAAAAACUAAGGCGUAGUCUUCCAAACCUGUCCCGGACCUCUAAUGCUCAAGUUGACUCUGUGAAAAGCAGCAGAAGUGACUCAAAUUUUCAAGUGCCAAAUGGAGGAAUACCUCGAAUUCAGUCUCAAGCAUCAGCCAUACCUUCUCCAAGUAAAUUUCGCUCCCCUGCAGCGCCAUCUCCUUUGGCUCUCCGACAGCCGGUGAAAGCUUUUAAUAAUCACGGCUCUGGCCCUGUUGGUGGUGGUCAAGAAGCAGCACAACUCACUCAGACUAAUUCCUCACCUGGACCACCUGUGGUUCAGAAUGCAGUCUCACCUAGUCCUGUCAGCAGCAUCAGUAGCACUACUCUCACUAGACCGGCAGGGACCACAGCAAUGAGGAGUGGCUUGCCCAGACCUAGUGCCCCUUCUGCUGGGGGAAUACCAGUGCCUCGCAGCAAACUUGCACAGCCUGUUCGCAGAUCCUUGCCAGCUCCUAAAACAUAUGGUAGCAUGAAAGAUGAUAGUUGGAAAGAUGGCUGUUACUGACCAGCAGAGAAGAAUACAGGGUCCACGGCUUUAUGGACAUCCCUUCAUCAGACUAAAAGACAACUUUAUAUGCAGACUCUUCAGAUGUGACUUUGGGAUUUGUAAAAUCCCAGCCCCUCUCUGUCUUAAUUAGCACAAACUGACAGAGAUGAUCAAGCAGCACUUUAAUGACAUUUAACAUCAGCUAUGUUUGGUAAUCAUACAAUCAUUCUCCAUCGAAUCACUUUUAGUUUUGUUUACUAGAAAACCCAGUUAAUUUUUGAGUAUUUGACAGAGGCCAAUGUCUGGGCAAAAACCUUAAUAGAUGCCAAAGAGAAAUGCCCAUUUGCAUCCAAGAGUGCAUCUCUGUGCACAAGAAAUAUGGUAUAUUUGAGCUAUCCAAAACAUUCAGCCUGCUUUAGCUGUAUAAAAAUACAUUUUUCCACCAAUAAAUGUGUUUUAAUGAGAACUAAUAUUCUGACUACAAUCGUCUAAAGUGGUGUUUUCCCUAGUACUCAAAUGACAAAUUGAAAAACAUUUUGGUUUUUUAAAAAAAAAGUAUCUUUAAAAGAAUUCUUGCAGCAAUUAUUUUGGAGAUUAACUAAAGAAAUGGUUUACCCUAGUAGACAUGGCAUUAUCUGAUCCUAAGUUGUGGAUGUAGCUAAUAUAAAUCACCAACAUGAGUUAGUAUUAUAGCCUGCAUCCUGCAUGUUGCAUUGACAUAUCAGAAUUUUGUUUUUGUUGCCAAAAGGGCUUAGUAUCACUUGUACAAUCUUUCCAAACUUCAUACUUCCUGGCUCAGGAAAGAUGACCGUCACUAUUUAAGCAAGCUUGUUAACAUGCUGUUCACUAUUACAGAAUUGAGAGGUAAUUUUGGUAGUUGUAUUAGCAGGUUUCCUUGAUAGAAAAAGAGCAAGUUCUGCUGUCUUUUCAUUCUUGAUUAUCACACCUCAGUGCUUAGCCUGGAACAAAACUAUACAAUAACAGCGGAGGAAAAUCUAUGCACUUACACAAUAUUUCUGGACAUGGUAGUUGUACUGUUGAUACCAAAUGACAUAUAGUUAUGUUUCAUGGUAUGACAAAUAGCUUGCUGAAUGAAUUUUUUAUGCUUUAAAAUUUUUUUUGGAGAUGUCCCUUAGAAGAUGUAUUCUGCCUUAUAUCUGUUUUUUGCAUUAUUGCUAACAUUUUGAAAUCGAUGCAUAUGUUUACAAAAUGUUAAAUUCUUCCCAUAUAAUGGCUAUCAAAUUUACCUUUGUCUAUACUUUUCAUUGGUUUCACCCAUCUGGUUGUCAGACCUCUGCUUUACAGGAGACUUUUCUGUUUGUUUUUUAAGUGUUUUUUUCCCCCAGUAGAUUUAGAAGACUGGGACUUUGGUAGCCUAAAAAAUAUUUAGAUAACCAAACAUAAGUUCUAAUGUCUGUAAAGCAAAGAAACAAGCUGGCCAAAGUAAGUGAAAUAGGAGCGGGAGGAUUGGUAGGCAAGGGAAUCUUUUGGUAGAGCCUUGAGUUUUAUGGAUUAAAAAAAAGGACAAAAUACACAGUAAAAAUCCCCAUUUACAAAUACCUAAAUAUCACCUAUAACAUCAAUCUUCAUUCACUUAAAACAAGAAUAAACUAAUCCUUUUCAUUCCAGUGAAAUACGAAAUUCAAUAGUGGUAGAGUAGCCUAGGAACACCACACCACAAGAUGAGGAGCCACGAAAUAUGUGCCAGAGGCAAAGAAAAUAGGAAGAUAAGGAAACUAGAAAGUACUAGACCACAGCUCAGAUGAUACUUAUACCCUUGCAGACUGGUUUCAUGCGGUUUGUCCUGCCGUGAAACCCACUAAUUGCUUCUAAUACUAAGGUGGCUUGUGACUACCUUUUCCUACAACAUAGCCACAAGAUAUAUUUCAGUAUUGAAUACUCAAGGACAAAUGGCAGCAAGGCUUUCUGUAGCUCAACAACCUUGUACUACUACCAAAUGACUUUCCCUCUGAGCAUCUUGUUAACAUAGGCCAGCUGUAGCGUAACAUCUACAUGGGUGAUGUCACUUAAAGCAUAUAAGUGAAAGAACUAGCUAUUGCCAUAAAAACAGGCCUGUUUUCAGUGCAACGCAACAUUGCAAAAAAUAUGCUGCAGUCUAAUAGGAAUUUUAAUUGAUCUAUUGUGAAAAAAAGUCUUUCAGUUUGAAAAUGAGUUUCAAAAGGAAUAUUCAGGUUAUUUAACUUUGUUUUUAAAUGGCUGCAUCUGAAAAUAUAUAUAUUUUUAAAAUUCAACUACUUCAUCACUUACUAAAAAGGUAUUCUGAACUUGGGUUUGGUAAAGCAACCUUUUUACCUGCUGUUCUACUACCACAGACAUUUGGCUUCUGGUUUCCUGAAGAGAAAAAUUGAUUUUUUUUUUAAAUAGGAAGCCUUUGUGCACUGCCAAUUUUUCUGUUUGGGGAAAUCUAAGGACUCUCUGUGGUUAGAUUUAUGGAAGAAAUGUGGAUUUGAUAAACUAGUGCCUAUGAUUUACUUAACUUAUGUUUGAUAUAUAGUAGGAUUUUAUGAAUGUGGAUUUUUUUUUUGUGCCAACAGCUCUGAACUGUCACUUAUAUGUAAGCAGAAAGCUUUGAGCUCUGCUUCCAAAGUUAUUUAAUUUUUCCAGUGUUUGGAUGUUAUUUUUUGUAAGUGUGUUAAUAAAAAGUGUAAAAAUUAGAAAAUAUAAAUAUUCUUAACUCUUAAGCAUUUGCUGGAUCAUUUUUCUAUAAAACCUAUUUGUAUAAUAUAAAACACUCUUAAGGGUUGACUUUUUCUUCAGUUUUCAGACCCUGGAAUCACAUUUUGUAAAAAAAUAAAAUAAAAAAAUUGGGGACCAUUCAUAAUUGUCACAGAGAUAAUUUUUAACGUUAAUAUCUCAGCCAGUUUCCAUACUGAUUUUAUCACUUUUUAUAACGUUUUCAAAAAGUCUAAUUGGAUAUGUCUGUGGCCCCUGGAUAUGUGUAUAUGUAGUAAUGAUCCUAGACUAUGUAUGUUUAAACUUUUUAUCGAAUUAACUGUAUAGGUGUCCAUUUUUUGACAUUAUGCAUGGUCCUUUUAGAUCACAUGAAGUUUGAUUUGCAGACAUUUCUAUAGAUUAACUUGUAUAUGUGGUUGUCUCCUUAAUAAACAGCCUGACCAUAA